UAACGUUAGUCGCCGUCAAAGACAGCGAGCACAGGUGGUCCCGUCCUAUCAACUCCGGAAACGAAGAUGUCCGCCACAAUCGAGGAAGUCCCUUCCGACCACUCCGAGCACGAGCACGAUCACGACCAUGACCACGAGGAGGAUCCUACCUCGAAUGCCGCCCUUGAGAAGAUCCAGUCGCGUGCUGAACGGAAGGCCAGGAAGGCUCUCCUCAGCUUGGGCUUAAAGAAGGUGCCCGGCAUCACUCGUGUUACGCUCCGGAGACCCAAGAAUGUCCUCUUUGUUCUUGCUUCCCCUGACGUGUACAAGUCACCAAACAGUGACUGCUACAUCGUCUUCGGCGAGGCGAAGAUUGAGGACAUGAACUCCCAAGCGCAGCUGUCCGCGGCUCAGCAGCUGGCGAGCAGCGGUGGAGGAGCUCCCGCGCUGGAGAAGUCGGGCGCCGGUGAGGAGGCGGAGGAUGAGGAUGACAUUCCGGAGCUUGAGGCGCCUGAGGAGGUCGACGAGACUGGCGUGGACCCCAAGGACAUUGACCUUGUCAUGGCCCAGGUCAACUGCUCUCGCGCUAAGGCUGUGCGUGCAUUAAAAGACAGCGGAGGAGACUUGAUCAACGCUAUCAUGGCUGCCAGCGAGUGAUAGUUUCGAGUUACUGCAUUAUGUUCUUCCGCUUUACCUAUCGCAUCGUUGCUAUCUGACCCAUAACACUGUUGGAUCUAAAUGCCUCAGGAGCACCCGCCAGGGUUUGCGGCAACAACUUGUCUGCGUCAAUCCAGUAUACAUCCCUUCCCUCUGACCACGCCGACGCCUUGCCCUUUCGAGGGUGCACAAUGCACAUAGAUGGAGAUGGAAAGCUGCAAGGACGCCGUGAUACAGGCUAUCUAAGUCCGCCACCGUCGCAGCUCGACGUAGUAAUUUGAUCUUUCCCAACCACUUUGGCAUACCUCCACGCCACUCAUUCCUUCCAUGGCCAUGCUGUCUGUAUCCCUGGGACCCACGUACAAUCCCAUAGCCUGUGCAGCGUCCGUCGCAAGUUGCUCCAACUCGCCCUUCGCAAACAUAUGGUAAAAUCGAUCGUACACCUUGGCCUUGGGCUUCAGCUCAUCUUCCGAGCGUGCUGCCUCGUGCUGCCCUGCAGGUCGCUUUUCUUCCGGUGCAGCCGUACGAUCCGAAAGUACCCAUGGCACGAAGACGUC